AUGCUUCCUCGAUUUUGGAAGACAGGAGUGGAUGAAGGAUGGAGCGAUGAGGAAAAGAUCCAACGUUUACGUAUUCUAUGUGAUUCUCCUUUGCAACGCAUACUAGAUAAUUCCGAUUUGUCGCGCAAAGAUUGGCCGUACAUAUCAUCACUGUUGUAUGGCGAAAAAAUAUUAAAUGAAUUAAGCAUGAUCAGAUACCUAUCAACGGCAUCUCAACGACAGGGAGAAACGCCACAUCAAUGGUACUUGAGGGUUUGUGAAGUAGUUCAGCGCAGUUUACCUCCAGGCCCAGAGCAAGAUUGGGAAAUCAAAUCAUCCUUCCUUCGAGGGUUGCUCCAAAAGUAUCAACAAGCAAUAGGGUCCGAAAAGUAUGACUCGAUUGGUGCAAUCUUAGAACGCUGUCGCACAGUCGAUGGCCCAGCCUCUAAACAACGCAAUGUCCCACGGGAGAUCAAGCCUUUAUUCAACAAAACAUGCUACAGUUGUGGGCGGAAGGGACACGUGCAACGCGACUGUCCACAAUUAGUUCAUGAAUACAGUGGACAUUUGUGGUCUCCUUGGGAGGAUUGUCUGUGA